UGCCAGCACCUCUUCAUUCACACCGCUAGCGUUAGCUUAUCCACGAUACGCGGCUGCAGGGAAGGGAAUACAGAAUAACGGCAAAACCACAGCAAUGGCAGACGCAGCAACACGACAGAUCAAGAUCAAAACUGGUAUUGUUAAGAGGCUUGUUAAAGAGGAAAAUGCCUACAUAAAAGACGUAAAGCAGCAAGAGGACAAGAUUGAACGGCUGAAAGCUGAGGCAGGGGACGAAUACGUCAUCAAGAAACAGGUGGAGGUCUUACAGGAGUCGAAAAUGAUGAUCCGGGACUCUCACCGCCGCCUGGCCAUCGCACACGCAGCUCUGCAGCAGUUACUAGAAACAGAAGAGGAUCUGGCCGAAUCAGAAGAGUACAAAGAGGCCCAGAGCGUAUUGGACUCAGUGAAGCUUGAAGGAUGAUUUCUGAUGCGUUUCUGUUCUCCUCCGCGAGAUUCACUUCGCUUAAACGUCCAUUCCUUUGGCCGGGCCUUGUUUGGGGAAAAGCCCGGAGCCCGACAGAAUCCAUUCAAAGUGUUUCUUGAUGUAAUUAUUUCUACUGUUUGCGGAUAACGUGCCACCACAUUUCUUCACACUGCGCCCAAGUGUAAAAAUCUCACCAGAAAACAAUAAAACAUUCACUUUAUUACAGCGGAUGAUUCCAUUUGGACUUGAUUAACAUGAGUAAACUCACUGUGAUCCUUACAGUAUGGCCCUCUGUUGGAUUGGUCGAAAGGAGAAGGCCUUAAUGGUUUCUGUUAUGUUUGAUUUUUUUUUACAUGAGUUUUGCUUUCCUUUCAUGUCUGACUGAGGUUGUACAACUUUAACAGACUCCAACUUAAAUGGCACAGAAAGUAGCGAGUUACCGGUUCAUAAAUGACCACAAUCCAAAGCUAAUUGGUUCACCGUUUGAUUUGGAAAAAGGGUGAGAGCAGCUUUUUUUGGCUUCAAAUGUGUAUUAAAAUGGAAAUGUGAUUUCUUCUAAUCGAUUAAUCAGAUGUUUUACCACUAACUGAUGGAUUUAAUCGCACUGUUUGUUCAGCCGCUGGUGUUCCCUGUUAACAGCGGUGAAAUGGAUUGCAUCUUGAUGCCUACAAUAAAGACAAGAGCACUUUGGGCACCCCUGUCUGUCAAAUGA